CUGCUCGGUAGGCUCGGUCUUGUGCUCCCCGCCUUCAACGGAGUGGCCAGUGGCCUCUACCUCGGGGAUCACAGAUGCCGCGGAGGCUUUGAGCCGCUGUGAGCGCCAGACGGCGUACCUGGUCCGGCAGCGGCUGCCCCGGCCAGCAUCGGUGGAUGGGAAUGGUUGAGCCUUGACGCUCCUCCGCUCGCGGGCUCAGGCCUCGGGCCUGAGCAAGGCGAGCUUUAACUGCGGCCUUUCCAGGCCUGACCUACACAGGGGUUCCCAUUUAUUCCCCCGUAUAAUCACUUUCUAGGCCUAUCUUUUCUUUUCACUUUCUUCCCCUGGAAGGCCUAGAAUCGGUAACAGUUGCAAAAACAGCGGUGCCUGCAACACCGGUUGCAGCCAGCGGUUAGGAUAGGUGGUUGGUGUUUUGAAUUCUGGCGGCUUCCCGGGCCUGCCUUUCUCUGCAGCGGCCUGAAGGUCCAACCCUGGCAGCUGCAUUCCUGCUGCUCAGGCGCAGGAUGCGAUCUUUCUUCAGAGGUCACUGGUGCUCGGACCAUUCUCCCUAUGUAAGGAGUCGCAAGGGUCGCGGUUUGUGUCACAAACUUACCAAGGAAGUUGGUUGCUCUCCUUCAGACCUCCCAGGGGGAUGCCUAAAAAAGGAUCUGAGGUCACUGGUUCAGUUAAGGUGGACUGUCUUCUUCAGACUGCAGCCAUUGGCUGAUCUCAUCCUGGUGCAGGCCAGUUGUAGCUGGAUGUAUUUAGUACUUGAGAGUAGAGUUCCUGUAUCAGGUCAGACACUGGCUUUUGCAGCCUGAGGUUCUGUCUCUCAGCUUCAGUCAUACCCUCCUCUUGUUGCCUGUGAUCCAUACACACUGGUUCACUUAGCUCACUUAGCUUUUGUCUUCUCAGACCUCAAACUCGCUUCUUCUACCUGCGGUACUCCUCCCUACCAGUGUCACCUCGGCAUAGGUCCUUAGGGAAGAGACUUUAAAAAAAUCAGUUAUCUAGUUUAAAUGCUUCUUAGCUCUUUUCAGUGCUGUCAUUGUGUUCGGUGGUAUUUGAGUUUUCCCUCUACUAGACUGCUGCAUAAAGGAUGGAGCCUUCAUUGUUAACUUUCCACUGCCUAGUUGAAUGCAUGGCACAUGAGUGCUCCUCCCCACCCUGAUGUGUUUCUGAAGUGAUUUAUUCAUCACACAUACAGACUGAAGGAUGAACAAGGCUUUAAGGGGCAGAUACUCGAGUACCAGGACUGCUUCACCCAACUGCCCUGUCACUGAAAAAUAGUAUCUCAGCCAGGACAAGUGGAGGCCUUCCUGUGCAACUCAUGGAGGCGGUGACAUUUGGUGAUGUGGCUGUGCAUUUUUCCCGGGAGGAGUGGCAGUGCCUGGACUCUGGCCAGAGGGCCCUCUACAGGGAGGUGAUGCUGGAGAACCACAGCAGUGUUGCCGGACUAGCAGGAUUCCUGGUCUUCAAGCCUGAGCUGAUCUCCCGGCUGGAGCAGGGACAGGAGCCAUGGGUCUUGGACCUGCAGGGAGCGGAGGGGACCGAGGCAUCACGGACAUUCCAGACAGAGUCCACCAUUAAACCUGACUGUAAGCAGCCCUAUGAGAACAUCAGUCAACUCAAACUUCAGGGUCCUGGCUGUGGAGGGACUUGGAAUUCUGAAGUCUGGUCAGAGAGGUGUUCAAGUAACUGUGGGCUAACAGUGAAGAAACAUCAUGUGAAGAAGGGGAUUGGAGCUCCCAAGGCUGCCACCAAGGAUACUGCUCAGGAAUACAGAGAACUGAGAGCAAGUGAUCUGGAUCAUUGGCCUGAGAUACAUCAGAGGAACAGUACAGAAGGGUUGCAGAGAUGUGAGGUAUGUGGUAGAGAUCUCAGAACCUCUUUAGACCUGGGUUUGAACGCAGAGAAACCUCACAGAUGUCAACAAUGCCAAGAACAAUUACCUGACUGCUUGCGGGGAAAUCCUCCAGGUAAGUGUUGUGGAGAGAAGCCAUACAAGUGUGAGGAGUGUGGAAAAGUCUUCAGACUAUGCUCACAGCUCCACCAGCAUAAGAGAAUCCACACCGGAGAGAAACCAUUCAAAUGUGUUGAGUGUGGAAAAGCCUUCCGCUUGAGCUCAAAACUUAUUCAGCAUCAAAGAAUUCACACUGGAGAGAAGCCCUAUAGGUGUGAGGAAUGUGGCAGAGCCUUUGGCCAAAGCUCAAGCCUCAUCCAUCAUCAGAGAAUCCACACAGGUGAAAGACCCUACAGCUGUCGUGAGUGUGGCAAGGCUUUUAGCCAGCAGUCACAACUGGUUAGACAUCAGAGAACUCACACUGGGGAGAGACCCUACCUGUGCAAAGAGUGUGGCAAGGCCUUUAGCCAGAGCUCAACUCUAGCUCAGCACCAGAGGAUGCACAUGGCAGAGAAGCCUCAAAUCCCAAGAGCCUCAGAAGGUCCAAGCCUUAUUGCACAUCAAAGAAGUCAUGCUGUGGAGAAGCCAUUUAAGUGUGAUGAGUGUGGGAAAGCUUUUAGGUGGAUCUCUCGCCUGAGUCAGCACCAACUGAUUCACACUGGAGAGAAACCUUAUAAAUGCAACAAGUGUACAAAAGCCUUUGGUUGUAGUUCACGGCUUAUUCGCCAUCAGAGAACUCACACUGGAGAAAAACCAUUUAAAUGUGAUGACUGUGGGAAGGGGUUUGUCCAGGGUUCACAUCUUAUUCAGCAUCAACGAAUCCACACUGGAGAAAAACCUUAUGUGUGUAAUGACUGUGGGAAAGCUUUUAGCCAGAGCUCCAGCCUCAUUUACCAUCAGAGAAUCCAUAGAGGUGAGAAACCCUUUGAAUGCAUGCAGUGUGGAAAAGCCUUCAGCAUGAGCACACAACUUACUAUCCACCAAAGGGUCCACACUGGAGAGAGACCAUAUAAGUGUAAUGAAUGUGGAAAAGCCUUCAGUCAAAACUCGACCCUUUUCCAACACCAAAUAAUUCAUGCAGGAGUAAAGCCCUAUGAAUGUAAUGAAUGUGGAAAGGCAUUCAGUCGGAGCUCAUAUCUUAUUGAACACCAGAGAAUACAUACAAGAGCCCAGUGGUACUAUGAAUAUGGGAACAGCCUACAGGGGCCCACCUUUGUAAGUCGUAAAAAAGUGAACACUAUAAAGAAACUGCAUCAGUGUGAUGACUGUGAGAAAAUCUUUAGGUGGCGCUCACAUUUAAUUAUACAUCAGAGAAUUCAUACAGGAGAGAAGCCUUACAAAUGUAAUGACUGUGGCAAAGCUUUUAAUCGGAGCUCAAGGCUUACUCAGCAUCAGAAAAUUCACAUGAACCACUUACCAGUGUAAGUGUGAAUUAAUCUGUAUUGCUUUACAAUACUUAAUUUUCCAUAAGACCAUUUAUAUUGGUAAGAACUUAGAAUGUUGGUUAAAAAUUCAGAAUUGCUUUCUUAAAGACAGUAUCCAACUUCAUACAAAAUGUACACUUGCUGGAAUGUUGAUAUUCAUUCAAUAAAGCCUGUGUCUGUUGCA